AGCAUUCGCUGUCGGUGGAUCGGGACCCGCGUCUGAUGCAGAUGGGCGUUCCCAGAGCAAGCAUCUGGCGGUCAAGUGCCUGGCCGGUGACUCAUCCGGGUGCUUGGUGUGAUCCUCACACUUUACUCAUGUUCACCGCCCCGCAAUUUCACGGAUGUCCUACAGCAUUUCUUCGUCGCUCACCGCGUCUAAUAAGAAGAAUGAGCUGCAAAGUCUCGAUUCAGCCAAGCAGGGAUUAAUAAAUUCGCCUCCUAGGGACCGUCUUCUCCUGAACUUCUUCCAGUACACCGAGCCGCGUGGCCGUCGAACGCCGUCGAACGCGCGUGGAUUCGCCGGUGAAGAAACCCUGUGCUCACCAACUGACUUUUUGCUGUUUGAGACUGAGCGUUCAAGGUGUUGCUGCCGAAGAGGGAAGACAUUUGGUUGUCUGCCUGAUCUGCCGGGAGUUGCUGCACUCAUUAGCAACGUGGGAUGUGCCCCGCAGAGUGAGGUGGCCGGUUUUCCCCCAUCCGUUUAACUUGCUUUUGCACACCGAGUGAAACCCUUGCAUUUCGCGUAAACUGCAAACUCACUUCCUUGCUUCCGUUGGCAACAUAGGGAUAGACCGACGGUCUCUUGCGGGUUCUGACGGCGGGAUGAACGCCUGAACUGUGUCUGAAAGAGACCAGCAGCGUUCCCUUGAUUUUUUUAUAAAAGCGUUGGUUGUGUCAAAAACGCUCCAGUCGGAAGGACGCUCAGAUUCCCGUGUAGGAGCAAAGAUCAGUAUGCGCCACGCGGGAGUGUUUGCGGUUUGUGGCCGACAGAACAGAGAAGAUGGCAGCAGACAUGAGCAAAUUUGUGUGGCGGGCCGACGGGAAACAGGAUGGCUUUCUGUACACGAAAGCGGCACUAAAGGAACGGGAAAGUGGAAGCCGUUGGCGGCGAAAGCAAACUAGAAGGACUGAACCUACGCCGGCAGAAAGAAGAAAACGGACCGAAAGGCGCCAUGGGGUGGGCGUGGCUUCCGCUCUCGCAGCCGAGAUAAAACGGCGAUGUCAGCCUGGGUUCUUCGUCCCCUGUCGAUAUAUGCUGCCGUGCCAGCAGUAUAUGGACCUCUAUCAGCGAAGAAGUGAAGAGGAACAUCUGUGGCCUCACGCAAACACCGAAGGUUGUCAGCGUCGAAGCAGUGCAGCAGGAAAAGAAUGUGGAUGUAGAAGCGGGCAUCCGGAUAUGUGCGGCGUUUGGGAGUAUGGCGACUGCUCAGUGUGCGACCCGCGUUCCGCGAGAUUUGGAGACGAAGACGCGGCAGUUCGGGAAGACAAUCUGAUGUCGGGUCAGACUUCAGGCCGAGGCAGAGCUGAGGGUGAUCAGGAGGAUACGAACGGGGCCAACGUAUCGAGCAGAUCGAGGAGAGGGUCGGAAAGUUCUUGGUUGACAUCAUCACAAGGACAGGUCCAUAUCAAUGUAGAUGAACCCGCGGGAGGGAACGACGAUUUGCAGGCUUCUGAGAAUGACGUGCACUCUCCGGAAAACCAAGUACUGCCUUCGAUCUUCGAUGACGGGUCGCGAUCCCCUACUCCGAGGAGUACGGGAAGACAGCGUCUGUCUGCCGUGGACAGCGUUACCUUCGGAUUUUCUCCCGAGUUGCUGGACUCACCCACAGGCAUCCCUAGCCGGACUGGCGAACAUAGUGUCCAUGGAGUAUCACGCUACGGCCACCUUGCUGCCAUGAACAAAUACAUGGCCAGCAUGCAGCAGACGGAUUUCGACCGUUUUUUUUCACUUCUUCUCUCAUGCCGGCGUCUCGAGAAGAACAUUGAAUCGCAGAACCUACAGCUAGAACUCUACGAGAAAGGUUACGGACGGACUGCAAUUGCAGAGAUUCUUGGAUCUUCUAAAGCAAGCGCAGGGACUAAGGCGAAGAGCGAGCCAGCAGGAAAAGCCGGCGCACAAGGGGGAAAGGGUAGAGUGACCGAAAGUCCAUCACCGACGAUAACUCCGCUCGGAAACAAGACGGCGAACAUCUUUCAGAAUGGUGCUCAAAAAGCAGAUGCUUCAUUGGCGCGCCCACUUUUGCAGACUUCUCAAGCCACACAAGAACCUGGACACCCCCCCCUCCUUAAAACUCCUCAAGGUCCUGUAGUACGGAGUGAGAAACCCAUACUGAAUACAAAGGUGCCGCUGACGAAUACAUCAGCGAAGUUACCCAUAGCGAAAACAAAGGUGCCGCUGACGAAUACAUCAGCGAAGUUACCCAUAGCGAAAACAAAUGUGCCGCUGACGAAUACAUCAGCGAAGUUACCCAUAACGAAAACAAAUGUGCCGCUGACGAAUACAUCAGUGAAGUUACCCAUAGCGAAAACAAAUGUGCCGCUGACGAAUACAUCAGUGAAGUUACCCACACUGAAAACAAAGGUGCCGUUGACGAGUACAUCAGCGAAGUCACCUGCAAUGAAAACAAAGGUACCGUUGACGAAUAUCUCAGCGAAGUUACCUGUGUCCGCCGCUGGCGGCACACCGGUGAAAUCCGGAGUAGCCGCAAAGCCGAAGAUCCCGUUGUGCAAGAAAAUGGGCAAGGUGUCUGAAGGCUAAUCUGAGAGGUUUCACGGUUCCCAGGAAGCGCAGUUGGUGUAUUUUUUUCUCUGUUCUCCUGGUGGACAAGUUCGGUGCGCAGAAAUGUCAGAGACUGAGACCAAUUCGGUCGACACAGCCAUAGUACAAAAGCUUUUGUUGGCCAUGGCUUCCAGAAAGAGGACACCCUUAAAAACUCUUCCUUUCGGGUGCAGCAGCCGUGUGACAGGCUGAAGCUGAUUCGUAGAUAAUAGUAUCGAGAAGUGAGAUUGUUCAAAAGCCGCUAGCCUGAUGUGUUCAAUUCAAGUGCUUAACUCGUGAGCAUGAAGAUGUAACGGAAUCUAACGGCAGUGUAAUGUGCGUGCCGACUGCGGCCUUUGAUCGGUAGUAGUGCGCGAGUGCACAUGUGUCGUGGAGGGGGGGGGGUGCCGAGGCGAGUUUUGAACAGAAGCCUCUGAAGAGGGAAAGACCUUACCCCCGCGUCAGGAGAAGGGAAAGGUCGUGUUUGCGAACUCGUCGAGCGAAUGCGUGUUGUGUGGUAACAGGGAAUAGUGGACAUGUCUCCCUGUUGUCACCGGAACUUUCCUAGCACAGACGUGUUGAGGCAGAGAGUUAGAAAGACUGGGUUACCGCGUAAUCUGAGGAGAAACAACCGUCCGGGAAGGCCUCCUGCCUGCGACCGGUGUGGAUGUAGGGAACUGACAUUUCAGACACGAGCGCCGUGUAUUCGGAUUCACUAGCGAAGAUCUGUGGUUAUUUGUUCCUUUCCCUUCCACUGUUUCGGUUGACCUGGUGGUGGGUGAAAUGGAACCAUCCAUAAAAUCAGGGAUUCUACUUUCGGCCAUUGCCUGCUGGUAUUCACGUAGCCCACUGCAGUGGCAAACGUGUCAAGCGAUAAACCUCCAACAAACCCUCUGCGUUCGAGCUUGUCUGGCGGCUACAUGUGUGUUUAUUAACAAGGAUCUGACCGCAUCACGUUACCAACUGACUAGUCCCACCCCAGAUGCAUCUGUGUGGGAAGGUCUCUCACGGAAGCUCGGUGAAACUGUGUGUACAGUAGAUGACUUCCACACAGAUCACUCAAACCUCUGACGUGCAUUUCUGCGCUAGGGGCAACUGUGCUGUCCAGUGGUAGCAGAUUCUUGUGCGUGUGUGGGUGAAUUACACCGUGCAUGAUCCCCACCUACGAAAAAACAUUGUGCUGAUUUUCUUCCCGCACUACUUGCUGCUUGGAUUGAAAUUCAACGCUUUCAGCUGUCCUACACAAUCCAGUGAAGUGGUGGUGUACAACAAUAAUAGAGAACUUGGUCCGCUGUAUCUUCCGACAUCUGAUCGUGCUCGAUGUACCGCUCUGCUACUUUACCAUCACCACACCAGCCAGUUUUUCGAUCUCUGUUACAGCGAAGUUCUCUCUGCUUUUCUGUUGUGCCUGCUGCCACGCUCUGUUCUGCACCCCGCAACUUUUCCUGAACUUUCCCGCGUCCUUGUCGCACCGGCACUCCAGACAUUUGACGGGACGUCUGGUAAUUUCCUUGU